AUGACAGUUCCUUAUACGCGAGAAGUCCCCAAUGGCAGCAGCUUUGGAGUGUUUUGGAAAAUCCUUUGGAUAUGGAGAGGCAGUGUGUAUAAAAUGAUAUGGAGAGAAUUGAUAUUUUACUUGACAAUUUAUUAUGCAAUUCACUGGCUGUACAUUUACAAAUUCGAUGAAGAGCAAAAGGCUUCGUUCGAUGAUCUUCGCGACUACAUAAAAGACAACAAUGGCAGUAUACCGCUUUCGUUCGUCUUGGGAUUCUACGUUACGCUCGUCGUCAAUCGUUGGUGGAGUCAAUUUCGAUUACUUCCGUGGCCGGAUACUUUGGCGCUUUUUAUUUCAGCAGCAAUUCCGGGAAAUGACGAAGUUGGUCGACUGAUGCGUCGUAAUGUCGUUCGUUACAUGAUGCUUUCUUAUGUCAUCACGUUGCGCAUGAUUUCGCUUCGAGUGAAAAAACGCUUUCCGGAUUGGCAACAUCUCGUGGAUGCCGGUUUUAUGCACGAAAGUGAGAAGAAAAUUUUUGAACUCAUGGAUUUGCGACAUCCGAUGUCGAAAUAUUGGAUGCCUUUGGUUUGGGCAACAAAUAUCAUCAAUCGAGCACGGAAGGAAGAACUGAUAAAGUCAGAUCAACUUGUGCAAACGUUACUUACGGAGCUGAGUGACAUUCGUGUGAGGUUGAGCGGCUUGCAUGGAUUCGAUUUUGUGUGUGUUCCGUUGGUUUAUACGCAAGUUGUGACCUUAGCGCUUUAUAGUUACUUCGGAUGUGCGUUAUUGGGCACGCCAAAAGGAUACGAUUUUUAUUUUCCGAUUUUCACGGUGCUGCAGUUCUGCUUCUACGUUGGUUGGCUAAAAGUCGCUGAAGUGCUCAUCAAUCCAUGGGGCGAAGACGAUGACGAUAUCGAGCUCAAUUGGUUCAUUGAUCGUCACAUAAAAGCAGCUUACAUGAUUGUCGAUGAAAUGCACGAAGAGCAUCCUGAACUCUUAAAGGAUCAAUUUUGGGAGGAAGUUGUUCCAAGAAAUCUUCCUUACACAAUCGCAUCUCAAGCAAGUCGUCGUUUCCAACCAAGAGGCUCCGCUGAAGAUUACAAAGUCAAGGAUAACGAAGCUUUGUACGCAAAUAUCAACAUUGGGAACAAAAAUAAAAUCAAGGAAGACAUUUACGGAGAUUAUGAACUUGUGAAGAAAAAAAAUUGGUUCUCUCGUCAAUUAAAUCGCAUGGGCUCAACUCGCAGCUUCCGUUCGUUUUAUUCACGAGGCAGCGGAUCAGAAGCUUAUCAAAAACAUCAACCUGACACCCGAAUUAGCAUGCCAAAUCCCGCGAAAUAUUCUCCCGCCAAAAGUUCCAUCUACGAAAGGAUCAUGCGACGUCCCCGUUCUCCGGAUAAAAACUCACAAAUUUCCGAUAUUUCGACGUUUGAACGAAAACCCGCGAAAUUACCGCCUCCCGGAUACGACAAUCCCCUAAUUGGUCGUCUCGUGUUGACUCCCGUGAAUGAAUUGAGUUUACCCACAACUCCUGCCUUGAAUCGCCUUCAACUUCCCGGCAACACAAAUUCACUUGUGCUCGUUUCGCGCCAAAAUAGCAGCCCAACGACGCUCGUUUAUCAAGCAGCAACGGAAAAAUCGCCGCCAUUGAUGAAAGACAGUCAAACCAAUACGGGAAUUGUAACGUCGAGUGUUCGAUCUGAAGCUUCCUCGUCGUCGUCAACAGCGUCGUCAGCAACGCACGGAAGUGCAAACAUCAACAACGACGAAGACGACGACGAUGGCAAAGAGAAACGAGAAGUCUUUGUGUAA